CUCCCGGGACUCCGCCCGGGACUGCAUCUCCCGUGGUGCCGCGGUGCCGUCCCGCGGUGCCCGCCGGGAGCGCAGCCGGGGAGCGCGGCGGAGCGAGUCCCGGUCCCGCCGAGACGGGCCGAGCGGGUUUCAGGGGUGCCCGUUCAACACAAGAGCCAAUAUGAAUGUGGGAACAGCACACAGCGAGGUGAAUCCCAACACCCGGGUCAUGAACAGCCGAGGCAUCUGGUUGUCCUACGUCCUGGGAAUUGGCCUGCUGCACGUCGUACUCCUCAGCAUCCCCUUCUUCAGCGUCCCUGUGGUUUGGACUCUUACCAACAUCAUUCACAACAUGAGCAUGUACAUCUUCCUACAUACCGUGAAAGGAACGCCUUUUGAGACUCCGGACCAGGGGAAGGCUCGGCUGCUCACGCACUGGGAGCAGAUGGAUUACGGCGUGCAGUUCACAGCAUCGCGCAAGUUUCUGACCAUCAUGCCCAUCGUCCUGUAUUUUCUAACCAGCUUUUACACAAAGUAUGACCGGAUACACUUCAUAAUCAACACCAUCUCCCUUAUGAGCGUCUUGAUCCCCAAACUGCCUCAGUUUCAUGGAGUCCGGAUCUUUGGGAUCAACAAGUACUGAACUGCGUGGCUGGAGCGAAUGGAAGAGGAGCAGGGGAGAGGGGGAAGUUCCUUCUCUCUCGUCCUGUUUCUCCACCCCCACGCACACUGGGAUAUAAUUUCACAGCGGCUGUUUAAAUGCAGUAUCCAAUAGACAUAGACCGCAUGCUGGAUCCUCAUGCCCAAUAAAUCUAAACAAGCUCCAGAGUAGAGUUUAGUGCAGAGCAGGAUGCGUGACGCUGGGUUUCUUUUAUUCCAGCAUCACAAAUAGAUGCAGAUACACUGAGACUUCAAGGUACAAAGAGGGAGAAUUCUGGGGAGAUUGUUAUCUAUCCCAGGCAUUGGAUGAGGAGAAGAGGGAUGAGGAGAAAAGCUUUUAGUGCUGGUACUAUUGCUGUGGUAAAUGCACUUUAAAAUACAUUUCCCUUUCUGAAGCUAGGUGCUUUAAGCGAUACGUGGGGGAAAUUCAAAGGGAUACAGCCACACUUUCCCAAUACUUGACUGUUUUGGGGUUUGAGUUCCAUUUUUGGGGCAGGGGAGCGGGAGGUGAGGGGGAAGACAAUGACAGAUUUUUACUUUGCAAUCUUUUACACCACUGAGAAAAGGAAGUUCUUUUCCUAAAAGCAGCACAGGAAGGAAUGACCUGCAGUUUGAUGGAGUUUUCUGUUUUCUAUGGUACCAUUCGUGUGGUUCAGGGAAAAAGGCCAAGAGAUCCUAAAUGCUACUUGUUAUUUGCAGCUUGCACUGGAAUCUGCCUGGUUAACAGCUCCCCACCCCAAACUGCCAAUUUUAAAGCACUUGAGCGGUGCAGCUUUAGGAUUACAGGUUAUUUUAGUGAUGACACCACCACUGCCACUGAGCUACGUGGUACACGGAGACCACACAGGCAUGGGAGAAACUGAGGACUGGCAGGUAUAAGCCAGACCAAGACGGAUGGCUGCGUGCUGCAAUCAGUUAAUGACUGUAAUUGGAAUUUUUCUCCUCAGUCCAGCUCCUCGAUCUCUUAAGUCUGUGUACGUGUUACUGGAUGUGUCGGUGGACUCAACUCAGUGUCUGACUCAAGGCAAGCGAGUUUGAUUUCUGGCUUACAUGGAAGUGUGUCGCAGUGUCCCUGGGGCCUUAAGGUGGUCCCUGGCAAGGGGAGGGAGCUGCGGGAAUGCUAACAGAGCACCAGGCUGAACUGGCCAGCAGAAGGCUGCAAUGGGCCACCAGUAAUUGAUUAGUAUAAAACCAAAACUGAGCCUUUUUCCCCUAAAAUUACCACCCAAAUGAAGUAGGUUUGCAGGUUUAGAUUUCCUGGCUGAGAUAGGUUUCUGCUGUUCAAAAUAAUCAGUUUUUCUUUUGGGUUGUGUGCUGGAUGAGAUGUGGUUUUUCCUCAUGCUCCCCCCUGUAAACUCCUGAAAGCCUGUAUUUUUGUUGUCUUAGUGCUUAUAUUGUCUCACACUUUUGACAAUGGUAUAAACAUUUUAAAUAUG